AUGUCGGCCCUCGUCAUGGCCACGGCCACCGUCGCCGCGACGUCGAUCUCCCUCGUCCACAACAUACCCUCGGCCAUCGCCACCCAGAGCGCUGCGGUCGGUACGCCCGUAGAGGCUGCGCCUCCCGCUGCUUCUUCGAACAUCACGCAGAUCAUUGCGCAGCAAAGCAACGAACAGCGCAUGUUGAGUCAGCGCAUGCCCAUCUUCCUCAUCAUUGUGUGCGCGGCCAUCCUGGUAGCGGUGAUGCUCUUUGAGCACCCUCGGUUCCUUGCACGUUGGUUCGCGAGCAUGCACCGCCGGCGUACCGCCGCCGCCGAAGCGGCCGCGCGUCCGGCGUAUGCGUUUGACAUGGCGCACAAGAAGCGUUUGGAGCAGACCAAUGCGAUGCCCCGCCUCGUUGGCGGCGGCGACCUCAACAAGGGUUGGAUUCUGCGUUCUGGAAGCCGUGACGCCCACGUCGCUUCCGUUGCGGCGAUUGGCCCGGCCCAAGAUCCGCACUCGCUCCCGCCUGGCGUCCAGACCGACCGCUCCCCCCUUGCUCCGCCGCCCCAUAUCGCUCCUAUCACGUCCCGCCUCCCCUGGGCCUCAGUCUUCGAGACUGAGCCCUUGGCUCGCCUUCCAUUCGGUCUCCACACCCGCGCCGACCUCAAGACUAUCCUCAUCAUGGUCUUGUACGUUGUCGCCUGCACCGUCGCGUGUACGUACAAGAGCGUCCUGCACCCCCCCAAGGCCAAGGUAUCGGGCUACGGCAGCGAUUACGCGCGCACCGGUUCCAUAGCUAUGUCGCAAGUCCCCGUCGCCAUCGCCCUUGGCGUGCGCGGCAACAUCAUCGGCCUCCUCAUCGGCAAGGGUUAUGACCGCAUCCGUAUCCUUCACAAGAUUGCCGGUCGUGUCAUUUUCGUCGCCUCGACUGUCCACUCGGCCUUCUUCCUAUGGAAGUGGAACUCGAUUGGCAAGCUUGCUGCCAAGUCAGCUUCACCGAUCGGUGUGACUGGCAUUGUUGCGUUGGCGGGUGUCGCUCUCUUGACUGUUACGUCCAUUCCCGUGAUCCGCCGGUACAUGUACGGCACCUUCAAGGUUGCGCACUACAUCGGCAUCCUCCUCUUCCUUGCUGGUCUCGGCGCGCACGUUACGGAGGCCGUGCCAUGGGUUAUUGCAGGCGCUGCUCUCUACGUGGCUUCCAUCAUCACGUCGUUCAUGAAGACGCGUUUCGCCCACGCCGAACUCGUUGCCCUUAGCGGCACCUGCACCACCCUGGUCACCAUUCCGGGCAUCACGACCGGCUGGCGUGCAGGCCAGCAUGUUCGCCUCCGCGUGUUCGGCCUCGGCGUCAAGAACUCGUUAGAGGCCCACCCGUUUACCAUUGCCAGUGCGCCCGACUGCGGCGGUAUGGUCCUCAUGGCCAAGGCCGUGGGUAGCUGGACCAACGAUCUCUACCAGCUUGCGGCGUCUGGUAGCGUGGUGAGCAAGUCCGGCAGGAAGCUCGAAGCGGGAGUGUGGAAGCAGGGUGCGCGUGUGAUGAUCGAGGGCCCUUACGGCGGCUCUGGCAACACGCUCCCCCUCUCUUUCUCGUCCGUCUGCCUCAUUGCAGGCGGAUCAGGCAUCACCCACGCCAUUGGCAUGGCCCAGGACCUCAUCGCGCGCUCACCCUCGGGCGUUGUCGCUGCGCGCACUGUGGACCUCAUCUGGGUAGUCCGAGUGCAGCAGACUGCCCGUGCCAUUAUGCCGACUCUGAAUGCUCUCGUCGAGCAGGCCCGUAUCUGGGAGCGCAGGGCCCUCUUCAUGCGUCGCAAGGGCAACGAUGUCGCCGUUCCCACCGCCCUUCGUAUCCACGUCUUCGUAACUCGUGUUCCCGACUCGUCGCCUCUCACGCUGGUUAACGAGAAGCGCAUGAGCAAAUGGGAGCGUGCGUCCAAGCUAUUCCCGUCCUCUGCGCCCAACUCGGCGCUGGGCCACGGCGACGACGACGACGACGACGACGUGGAGGACAUCGACGACGGCUCCGUGGAUCCACACUCUGCCUCCUCAAGCUCUGACGGGCACGCCGACUCUGUAGGCCACGACUCUGACUGGUGUGUCGACCCAGUGCGCGACUUAGGCCACGCGUUCCCGCCACAGCGCACCGCGUCCGCCGCUGAGAAGACCAAGGCCGACUGGCUGCAGCGUAACCCGUCCACUGCCAAUGUCGUGAACUUGCAUGAGCGUAUGACGGACUGGACACGCCCAAUGAGCGCGCUCAGCGCCUACCGCGGCCGCCCCGAGUUCAAGACGGUGAUCAACACCAUUGUCGAUGAGACGAUGGGCCGCCACGGGCGCGCGGUCCUCGAGCCUACAGGCGUGUUCGUCACAGCUUGUGGGCCCGAAUACAUGGUCACUGAGGCGCACGAGGCUGCGCGCACGAUCACGGAGUGGAAGUCGCGCGCGGCGGGCGGUGUAGAGUUUGAGGGCGAGUUCUUCGGCUUCUGA